CCAUCCGGAAGUGAUUUUUCUCUGUGACGGUUUGACUGCUUUAAACAAGCCUGCAGAUUGUUCUCUUUUAUCCGCUAGAAUCUGCAUUUAAAGCCGAACCAGAACCACCGGAUCUGCAUCCAUGAUCUGCAUCCUGCUCGUAGCCGGACACGGCACCGUUUUAGAGACGCAGAUUAAGAACGAUGAGACGGGUUUAUACGGCCAUCUGACCGGCGUACCAAAAGCUUUGCUUCCUGGGAUCGGAGGAAAGAAGAUCCUUGACUUCUGGUGGGAAACUGUCAACGUGCGGCAGCUCUUCACUGAGGUCUACCUGGUCACCAACGCAGACAAGUAUAAGUACUACGAGCGCUGGGCCACAGCCAACGACUUCCCGGUGGAGAACGUGGUGAACGAUGGCAGCACCACCCUGAGGGACCAGCUGGGGGCCGUGGCCGACCUGGAGCUGGUCAUACGGAGUCGGAAGCUGCAGGAUGAUGUUGUUGUGAUCGCUGGAGACAUGCUGUGUGCCGACCAGAACUUUGACAUCUCACAGGUCAUCAACUUCUUCAGGUCUAAGCCUGGAGAGUUGAUCAUCUACUACGAGCUGGAGGACGGAGAGAGGAGUAGCUCCAGGGGGAUUGUGGAGGUCUGUCCUGAGACCCACAGGAUAACUCGCUUCCUGGAGAAACCAGAGGAAGGGCGAACGGCGUCCCGGCUGGCCAGCGUGGUUUUCUACUGCAUCCGGAAAGAAACGCUGGCCUACAUGCCCGAGUACCUCAGGCUGCAGCCCGGGGCCGCAGAGAGGACCUUCGGACUGUUCUGGGAGUGGCUCAUCAAUGAGAAGCAGCUCCAUGUCUUCGGGAUGAAGCUUCCCACUGGCUUCCAGCUCAUUGGACAAGUGGGCCUGUCGGACUACACCAAGUGGCUCACCCACUACUCCACCAAGAAGCAGGACGGGGUCGCCAAACCGAUCAGCUGCCGGUCGUACGCCAGGGUUGGACUGAUGGGAAAUCCCUCAGACGGCUUCAACGGAAAGACCAUCGCCAUGACGAUCUCCAACUUCUGGGCCGAGGUCACGCUGGUGGAGAGCCAGACUCUGGUUUUGGUCGCUCACCCCCUGAACGACCCCACAGAGUUCGGCAGCCUGCAGGACCUGUUCUGCAUCAGCAGGAGGGAGGGGUAUCUGGGAGGUCUGCGGCUGCUGCAGGCCACCUGUAAGAAGUUCUACCAGUUCUGCUCCAAACGAGGCAUCGCUUUGACGAAGCAGAACUUCACCCUGAAGUACGACACCAACAUCCCCCGUCAAGUGGGUUUAGCUGGAAGCAGUGCCAUCGUUUCAGCGACUCUGAAGUGUCUAAUGAGGUUCUACAACAUCACUGCUGCUGAUCUGCCUGAACCGAUCCGAGCCAACUUCAUCCUCAGCGUGGAGACGGACGAGCUCUUCAUCACGGCCGGCCUGCAGGACAGAGUGGUGCAGGUGUACGAAGGCCUGGUCUACAUGGAUUUCAGCAAGCAGCUGAUGGAUGAGCAGGGCUAUGGGAACUACGCUCCCAUGGACAUGAGUGACCUUCCCCAGUUCUGGCUGGCCUACCUGAGCGACCCCAGUGACUCUGGACGCAUCCACAGCAACAUCCGACAGCGCUGGCUCAGCGGGGAGCCAGUGGUUGUCGAGGCCAUGAGGUCCUUUGCUGAACUCACAGACCAGGCAAGAGCAGCGAUCGUAGAGAGGAACUGGUCCCGUCUGGCACAGCUGAUGGACCAGAACUUUGAGCUCCGCAGGUCGAUCUACACUGAUGACUGUCUGGGUCCCGGGAACCUCAGGAUGGUUCAGCUGGCCAGACAGUUUGGCUCAGCAGUGAAGUUACCUGGAAGCGGGGGGGCCGUGGUGGGGCUGUGUCUGGACCAGGCAAAGCUGGUGGAGAUGCGGCAGGCUUUCCAGGAGGCAGGCUGCGUCUUCUGUGUCAUCGCCCCCUACGACCCGUCUGAGGCCCUCAGCAGCCACCCACCGCUGCUCAGUGAGGCCCCCCGGGGCCAAACCCCGGCCACCGAUAGGAAGUGACGCUGUGAUUGGUGUGAAAAGGACUCAGCAGAUCCAGAUCCGCUGAGUCCUGCUGAAUGAGGAACAUCAGUUAGAGGACAUUCUUUAAACUGGACCGGAUCAAAUUAUUGUGAAAAAUGUAAAAUGAGUCAUUAUUUUGUAUAGGCGGUAUUUCUUCCCAGAUGUUUGUUUAAUUUUAUAUCCAAAUAAAGCCGAUUUCAGCA